GUCGCAACGGGUAUCUAUUUUAAUCCCAUACGUGACCCAGGCAGAAACAGUACGUCAUUAAGUCGUCGGUGUGACGUAAAUUACAAACGAAGACGUAAAUUUCCCAAAACUGGACGUAUUUAUUACGUAAACAAAAACACCAAAAUAUUACGUAAUAUACUUACGUUAUCUUUCGGUCGCAAUAACGUCAUGUUUUUAUGUGAUAAAAUAAAUUCUAAAACUUCUGAUUAUUGUAUCAAAAUUCAAAAUUCGUGAAAAUAAAUUGAUUUGAUUCAAAUCUAAUGACACGAAAGAGUAAGUACAAGAAACAAUACCUGAAAACGGCAACAUCUUACACGCGCAUUGAAGCAAGCUGGCAUCGUGGCACCUUUUACGCAUUCGCGCCAUUCCAAUGUAAUGUUAGGUUAGGGUGUUGAUGUGAAUCACGUUUUAUUGCGGUAAUCAUAAUUAGAUUGCAAAGGUAAAUGUAAAAUAUUUGAUAAGUAUGUUAGUUAAUUAAUUUACGUACAAUAUGACCAUUUGCCUCGAUUAUUAUUUGCAGGGCGAAAUGUUUUCAUUAGUGGAAUUUGCAGAGGAGUCUGGAGGAGGCUUGGCCAUUAUUCGGACAGAGUGGUUUACCCCUCGCAAACAAGAAGCGUUUUGGCCACCUACUAAACAGUCAAAAACAUUUGAAAAGGUUCUUCUAAAUGAAGAUCAAGUAAUCGACAACAAGUGGAAGCUUUGUUUCGUUCGGCGCACCUUAUUUGAGUCAGACGAUUAUGAACGUGUAAAAAGGAAGUUACCGAGGGCCGAAUAUACUUCUGAUCUACAAAGUAGUGAGGCUGAGGUUGGAAGUCAAGGUGAUGCAGACCAAGAUAAAUUUCAAAAAAGGAAACGUGCACCUUCUCGUAGACUACUUUCAAGUAGUAGUGACGAAGAACAAACUUCAAAGUUUCCUCGGCCACCUACUCUUAACUUAAACAAACAAAUAGUAAGACAUGUACCAUCUCCAAGGCAAUUAGAGAUCUGCGAACCUGUUCCUGAUCUGAGUAGUGAACAAUCCAUAGCUUCCACGUCACAAUCUUCACACAAUGACAACAAUACAACUCUAGCUUCUUGUUUAUGUAGCUCUUCAAAAAAAAUUAGUCAAUGAUAUUAUUUUUAUCAAAGAACAAAACAAAUUAAUAAUAGAAUUGCUGCGACAGCAAAAAUUGACCCAAGA